AAAUACCCUUUCCAGUAGAAUAAAAUCGAAUCACGUGCUUCACAAAAUAUAUUUUUGUUUAUGCGCCAAAAAUUGUCCGGAUGGUUUCUCACUGUGAAUCAUCAGCGAUCUCUUGACAUUUCACUUCCGACCAACGUUUAUUAUUCUUUUUCGCUUAAGUUUUCCUACCGAAGAUAGAAACGUAACUUUCUUUUUCCAUGUUGCCUUCUUGGUAGUUUUGAACGGGAACAAUGUUUUCCAAGAUCGCGUACAUUCGCCGUUUCCGCAGUACAGAACCACGUUGAUAACGCCACCGUACGAUAAAUAGGGUAGUGCGCUUUAAGCUCGAUUCGUUUGCAUAGAACUCCCCGUCCGGAAACAACGUUACAGUCUCGGGAUGAGUUUCAGUAUCGGUGGUACAGGCACCAGCUGCCUGGCAGCGCUUGGUGAGAUGGAACAAAUCAUCUGCCAGCUGGAGCGGGGUACAUUGAUCCACAAGUUUUAUCCCCGCAAACGACCAGAAAAGAAAACGCUUAUGCUACGCCGCGAAACACGACAGAUCAUUUGGUCCUCGGUACAGACGAACGGUCGUAGCAACUAUGAAGGAUCGCUGGAAUUGCGUGAGGUGAAGGAGAUGCGUCCCGGCAAAAAGUCGAAAGAUUUUGAAAAAUGGCCCGAAGAGGCAAAGAAAAGUGAACCACGCAAAUGUUUCGUCAUUCUGCAUGGGAACGAUUUUAAAUUGCGAACCGUUUCGAUCGUGGCAUUUUCCGAAAAAGAAGCCGACAUGUGGCUGAAAGGACUGAAGUAUCUGAUCUCAGACACCCUAACCUCACCGUACUGGUUGCAGAUUGAACGGUGGCUGCGGCGAGAGUUUUACCUGAUGGAAGCGAACGGUACCGCCAGUCUGAAGGAUAUCCGAUCGUUUCUGCCGAAGAUCAACUGUAAAAUAUCCACCGCCAAGCUGAACGAAGUCUUCCACGAGGUGGAUACGCGGCGCCGAAACGAGCUAGGAUUUGACGAUUUUACCCGGCUGUAUCAGCGUUUGAUACUACCGCCGAACGCACUGCCGGAAUAUUUCGACGGUGUUCGCAUGACGACGUACAGCCAAAACGGCCAAACCGUCACGCUGCAGGAGUUUCGCAAGUUUCUCACCAAAGAGCAGCAAGAGGACGAAGGGCACAGUGAGGAAACGGUGGCAAAAUUUAUCAACGAUUACAUACAAGACCCGGCACGUGAUGUGAGCGAACCUUAUCUACGCUUGCACGAGUUUAUCGAUUUUUUAUUCUCGCGCCAAAACGAAAUCUGGGACAAGCGGUGCGAUACGGUGUAUCAGGACAUGACCCGACCGCUGGCACACUACUGGAUCUCGUCCUCACACAACACCUACCUGACGGGUGAUCAAUUUUCCAGCGAAUCCUCGGUUGAAGCAUAUGCCCGUGCGUUGCGCAUGGGAUGCCGUUGCAUUGAGCUGGAUUGCUGGGACGGUCCGGACAAUAUGCCGCUAAUAUUUCACGGCCACACGUUCACGACGCGCAUCAAGUUUAUGGAUGUGAUACGCACGAUCAAGGAGCACGCGUUCAUCACCUCCGACUAUCCGCUGAUACUGUCGAUCGAGCAGAACUGUUCGCUAACACAGCAACGCCGGAUGGCACAGGCAAUGCAGGAAGUGUUUGGCGAGAUGCUGCUUACGCAACCGAUCGACAAAGCGGAAGCACAGCUACCGUCACCGCAGCAGUUGAAGCGCAAAAUCAUCCUAAAGCACAAAAAGCUGCCCGAAAACGGUAUGCUUGUGGUGGAUGAAGCGGGCAAAGAGUCAGCCAUACUGAUGCGUGCCAACGAUGAGAGUGAACUGGACAUACGGAAUACCGUCAAGAAUGGUAUACUCUAUCUGGAGGAUCCGGUUGAUAAGGGUUGGAAUGCACACUUUUUCGUGCUGACACAACACAAGCUUUUCUACACGGACAGCCAGCGUCCUGAUCGUGACAGCGACGGUAGAGAUGAUGAGCGUGAAGAGAAUGGUUUUGCCAACCGUCAGUCACGCGAUGGUGCGGUAUUGUCAAAUGAUGAGCUUCAUUUCGGUGAAAACUGGUUCCACGGGAAGCUGACCGGUGGACGGGAGGAAGCGGAAAAGCUGCUGCAACAGUUCUCGCACCUUGGCGAUGGGACGUUUCUGGUGCGCGAAAGUGUCACCUUUGUCGGGGACUAUUGUUUGUCUUUCUGGCGCCAGGGUAAACCGAACCACUGUCGCAUAAAGCUCAAGCAGGACAAAGGUGUCACAAAGUACUACCUGAUGGAGAACGUACUGUUCGAAAGUCUGUACAGUUUGAUCAUGUACUACCGGCAGAAUGCGCUCCGUAGUGCGGAAUUUUACAUCACACUAAAGGAACCGGUUCCACAACCGAACAAGCACGAAACGAAGGAAUGGUACCAUCAUACGACCACACGCGAACAGUCAGAAAUCGUGCUCAAUCAGAUCCCGCAAGAUGGCGCUUUCCUGGUACGGCCGAGUGAGAAAGGUCCGAAAGCAUUUGUCAUUUCGUUUCGGGCGCAUGGUAAAUUCAAGCAUUGCCGCAUACGCGUCGAAGGACGUCUGUACGAAAUGGGCGGUAUGGAGUUUGAAAGUUUGGUAGAUUUGGUGAAUUUCUAUUCCAAGCACCCCUUGUACCGAAAGGUAACGCUUACGUAUCCCAUUCCGCGCGAAAUGAUUCGACGUAUCAACACGAUGGAUGUUCCCGAAGAAAGUGGUGCUUACGGUUAUAUGGACCCGGCAACGGUCACCAACGAGAAUGUAACGGUGAAGGCACUGUACGACUACAAAGCACAGCGUGACGAUGAGCUGUCGUUUUGCAAGCACGCCAUCAUUACGAACGUUGCGAAGAAGGGCAACGAUUGGUGGUUGGGUGAUUACGGUGGAAAAAGGCAACACUACUUUCCGGCUAAUUAUGUACAGGAACUGAGCGCAAUGGACGAUGGAACUUUGGUAGACGAAAGUGCUAACGAACCACUGAUGUUGGGAAGCUUACAGAAAGGUUCGUUGGACGUGCACGGUGCAGUAGUGGAGAUGGCCUACAGCAACCAUCCGGACAUUGAGCGGAUACUGCGCAUACAGAACCCAACGAUGCAGAACGUGUUCGAGGUCGGUGUGCAGACGAAGGAGCUGGCGUACGAGUGGAUGUGUGCGAUCAAGGAGGCGGCCCAAAAUGCAAGCGCCAUGGAAAAUGAGCGGCGCAAGAUGGAGCGCAAUUCACGCGUCGCAAAAGAAAUGUCCGAUCUCAUCAUUUACUGCCGAAGCGUCCCAUUCAAACAUCAUCCCGCUUCGUGGGUGUUUUACGAAAUGUCCAGCUUUCCCGAAACGAAGGCGGAAAAGUAUUUCCUGCAGCCGGAAACGCGUGCACUGUUUGUGCGCUACCAUCGGCAUCAUCUGAGCCGGGUGUAUCCGAAGGGUCAGCGGUUGGAUUCGUCCAACUACCAUCCGACAGCGCUGUGGAACUGUGGUUCGCAGAUGAUUGCACUGAACUUUCAAACGCCGGAUAAACCGAUGCAGCUGAAUCAGGCCAAGUUUCGGGAUAAUGGUGGUUGUGGCUAUCUGCUGAAGCCGGAGUUUAUGUUCCGGGACGAGUUUGAUCCGACCGAUCCGAACACGCUCGUGGCGGUAAACGAAGUGAUCGUGAACGUGCGCAUCAUCGGUGGCCGCAAUCUGUGCAAGGUGAGCCGUAACAUUACCAGCCCGCUGGUGGAGGUGGAAGUGUUGGGCGCAUCGUUUGACGGUGGCAUCAAGCAUCGUACCAGAGCCAUAGCGGAUAAUGGGCUGAACCCGAUAUGGAACGAAAUCUGCGAAUUCCGGAUAGCGAAUCCACACUUUGCAAUGAUCCGUUUCGAGGUGCAGGACGAGGACAUGUUCGGGGAGCCAAACUUUAUCGGACAAGCCGUAUUUCCGCUCGGUGCCAUCCGCACCGGCUAUCGUAGCGUGGUGCUACGCAACAAGUACAGCGAAGAGCUGGAAUUGGCCACCCUGCUGGUACACACCAGCAUUCGACCGUUGCAAACGGAAUGAGGAAUCGGGCUAUAGAAAGAUUGUGUUAGAACGAGACUCUCUUCCUUUUUUUUUUAUUUUCGUUUUUAUUUCACUCCAGAAAGUGUCUUAGCGCGCGCAAAAAAGGAUGUUAACUAUUUUACUCCAACGUAAACAGUAUUGAACGAACUUCGGAUCGAGAAACAGCGUUUGGACGAACGUCAUGUGUUGUGUACAAUUACGCGAAACGCGUAUAACCAUCGAAUGUGCCUCUACUAUAUAGAUUUACAUGUAUUAAAUAUACACGAAACAAAAUACGCAUAUUUAAAAUUAUACAAAUGACACAUGUGCCGGGAACAACACACGAUCAUAAAAUGUUCGUAUGGUAUAUAAGUAUAUCGCAAAACCGGUCAAAACAAUUCACGUCAGGAACAGGAAUAGAAACAGAAAAACGGGUAGUUCUCAUCGGUAAUUUGAAGCAUAUUUCUUCCGAUCGUGUUUUUUUUUGUGCACCUUAAACCGUGGGAACCCAGGAUGCACAAGGAUUAACUGCAGAAAUGCACGCGCACACUCGCACCUGCACAAUCACGGUGCCGGAUGCAAACCAGUGAGCUCUUAGACAAAGGCAGAUCGGGAAAAUGGGGUGUAUAAGAUAGAGGUUCUACAUUGUAUAAUAAAAGCAAUAAAUUAUGGACGGUUUGAUUGGUGCAAACAGGUGCAAUAAUGUA